AUGAGUACUCAACAAAAUCAGAAUGGUAAUAAAAAAGCUGAUGAAAAUAAAGACAAAACGACGACGACGACAACAACAACAACUGGAAAAGAUGAAACAACAAUGAAAGAUAAAAAAUUAGAUAUAACAAGUUUAGAAGAAGAUGAUGAAUUUGAAGAAUUUCCAGUUGAAGAAUGGUCACAAGACGAUUUAGAUACGGAAGAUAAACGUUUAUGGGAAGAACAUUGGGAUGAUGAUGUUGCUGAAACACCAUUAAUUGAACAACUUAAACAAGAACUUAAUAAACAUGGUUUACUUAAAACAUCAGCAACAACUACUAAAUAA